CGCUGGUGAAAUUGUCUUUUGCUGAGGGAGUUUUCGUUUUCUUCCAAUUUUCUUCAUCUGAGCAAAAGCCAAACCAAAUGAAUCCUUUCAGUUACAAUGGAGUUGCGAUCCUGGAACGACCCGGCGGAAUCCGCAGAAACCCCUUGGACACUACAGCCGCGGAAGCAACGAAAGGGGCGCACUCCUGGGGGCAGGCUUCGCGUAGCCUGCGCGCGGGGAGAGGGGAGCACCAUAGCGUUCUCUGCGCUCCGGAGGACGCCGACCCGCGUGGGGAGAAUUCGCCCCCGCCCGGGUUUCGGCCGCGGCGUCGCGGCCACUUUGGAGACACUCCCUGGCUCUGGCCAGGCGGACCGAGGCGUGACUCGCAGGUGCCCACGCGUGCCAGCUGCGGCUGGGCUAGGGACGCGGGGUCGCCCGGUGGGGAGCGGGGACCUGGCUCUCGAAAUUCGUUGCAGGAUGGAGGGGGCUGUGGUCGCGCGUGGGAACCCGCUUGCGGCUCGGAGGGUCUAGGGACUUCGGGUUCCUGAAUGUCAAGGGAGGGGGGCAGCUCCUAGUUAGAGCAAACAGCGGGAUUUCUUUGGGAAACGCGAGUGGUGAGCCCCUCCCUGCUCUAGUCCACUCUGGGCGCUGGAACCACUCCCCGUUCUGCUCGCGUCUCAGUGACUUUCUAUCCAGGCCCAGGGCGCCGUGGACAGGACCGCACACGGAGUAGUCACCUUCCGCUCCAGCCCUGGGGAGACAAGCAGAAUCAUUUUCUUUCAGCUAAUGCUAAAAUCGUUAGGUGCAAACUCUUUGAAUGUCGCACCCCUGCCCUGGGCUCUUCCUCCCGCUGCUUGUGGUGCGGACAGUGGUGAGAGCUCGGAUGUGCUGUUGGCGAGAAGUGUGUUCAAAUUUGGACUGGCCACUUCCUAGCUGAGUGACCUUGAGCAAGUGAUUCCAUAUCUUUAGGGUUCGGUUUUCUUGUUUGCGAAAAGGGAAAGGCGUGCUUGCUGGAUGUUCGUGAGCCGCGAGUGAGAUGUUGAGGGAGCGCAGAGCAUUGGCCCUGGCACGUAGUAGGCACUAGACAGCGUGGCUCACCUCCCACUCCAUCCCCCCAGAGUAGUGGCUGAUGUAUUGCUCUUAUGACUCUUGUUUAUUUUGUUUGCAGUUUUCUUUGCAUGGGCUCAGUUGGAGAGAAGGGUGUAUUUGCCUACCAGUAGGGUCAUUUUCAGAGGACCGGGAAGGGCAGGAAAUGCAGGUUGGGGAUUCUUUCUCUCUUCUCCCAACAGGCCUCCAGGUCUGGGUCUGGAGUUAGGUCGCUUGCCCGCUGUGUGACCUUGGGCAAGUUCCUGGCCCUUGCUGAACCGUUGUGGCGGGUGUGGAGAGGAGGCCAACAGGAAGGGUGAAAGCUGCAGGAUGCCUGGGGUCUGGGCAAGCGCUGCCUUACUCCCUUCCUGUGACAAGGACCCUCAGAUAGGGUAGAUGCCAUUGCCCUGGCCGCGGGGGGGGGGGGGGGGGCUCCUGUUUCUAAUUCAGGCCCUGCCACUGGCAGUGUGGGUGCUGUUGGGUCCCUAACCACCCCUCCCAGGACCUCAUUUUCCUUAUUUGUAAAACAAAAAGGGCACCAGCUACCCCCAGGGUGGCUGUGAGAACGAAAUGAGAUAACAUCGUGGAAGUGCCUCUGAGUAACUCUGGAGGUUAUAUAAUCAUAACUUUAAUGACAACAGUAAAGCUACUGUAGCUGAGAACCUGUGCCAGGCAAGGAGCUGGACACUUAUUUAUUCUUCACAACGACGCUGUGAGGAAAGGGCUGUUAGUGACUCCAAUUUCUAACUGAUGAGGGAAUUGAGGCGUUGAGGGUUCAAGGAAAGCACAGCUCCCCACUUGGGGGCUGGAGUUGGCACCUCACCAGCUCCACUUCCCUUCUGGCUUCCAGAGUCCUGGACUCAGGGCUGCCCUUGUCACUUCAGACACCGUUAAAUCAGGACAACAAGGCCCGCCACACAGAGGUUUGUGGUGCAGAAUGAAGGUGUGGGUGGCACAGGGCUACUCUCAGAGCAUGUGCUUGAGAAUAGGCUGUGACUCAGGGAAUUAUUCAGCCUCUUUGUGCCUCAGUUUCUUCAUUUAGUAAAUAAACCUCAUGGGAUUAAAUGAGCCCCUCCAGGUAAAGCCUGGCAUGGGUCAGAGCUCUGCCUCACUGCUGGGUUCUGGCUUUCUGACCUCCAUGGUUCCUCAUCAUCCAGCCCUGUCACCCAGAUGAAGGAGCUUUGGGCCACCAAUCAUAAGCCUCCUUUCAUGUCCUAUCCAGAUAGAGAGCUGCUAGGCAGCUCAGUAGCUGGGGUAAAUUGGGUCAGAUAUUAGUCCCUAGGACAGUGGUUCUCAAAGUGUGUUCCCAGAGUAGCAGCAACAGCAUCACUGGAGAAUUUGUUAAAAAUGCAAAUUCCUGGACCCUCGCCAGAUCUAUGGAAUCAGAAACUCUGGGGUAGGAUUCGGCAAUCUGUGUUUAACAAGCCCUCCAGGUGAUUCUAAUGCCUGCUCAACUCUGGAAGCCAGUGCCCAGAAUAUUGUCCAUUUCAUCCAAGUUUUAAAAUUUAUUGUUGUAACGCUGUGGGAAGAUUCUCUCAGAAUUUGAAGCUCUCAUAUGAAUCUGUAUUAAUACCUUCCGCUUCUCAUUCCCAGUGUUGUUCAUUCCUGCCUUCUCCUGAUCAUACCUGCCAAAGGUUUGUUAUUUUGUUGGCUUUUUAAAAAAGCCUAUGAUUUCAUUGUCCCCUCUUAAAAUGCCACCUCUUUCAUGAAUGUUGUGGUUUUAAAAAUUACUUAAUUUCUUCUUUGUUCAGUUGAAAAUUUAAUUAGUCAACUUUUCUUUCCUUUUAAAUAAAUGCAUUC